GGGUGGGGGCCCUGCCUGGCGUCUGCGGGCCGCGGCCCCGGCCAUGAGCGGCGCGGCGGAGGCGCGGGAGCUGGCGGAGCGGCUGCGGGAGGCGGCGGCGCUGGGGGACGCGCGGGAGGUGCGGCGGCUGCUGUGCGCCGGGGCCGACAUCAACUCCCGCAACGAGGUCAACGGCUGGACCUGCUUGCACUGGGCCUGUAAGCGGAACCACGCACACGUGGUGUCCUGCCUGCUGGAUGCUGGUGCCGACACGCAGAUCCUCACUGCCAAUGGAGAGCUGGCUGCACAGUUAACUUCCAAACCAGACAUCCGGAAGAUUUUGGGAGAGGAAGAACCUGACUGCCAAGGAGUGAAGGAUUUAAAUGUGCCAGGUAUUGCAAACUGCGUGGCCACGCCGCCGUUCCCUUCCGUUCCCACCGAGGAAAGCGUUCCCGAGGGCUCGGCAGGACCUCAGCAUGGAAGCGCUUCGGCCUCUCCCACAUCCCAGUGUGACUCCAGCCCUCCUGCCCCCACAGCAGGGGCUGAAAGCACACACACCCCCACCUCCUGCCACAGCGAAGGCACCGAACAGCUGCCAACACCGGUGUGGAGCCGCAGCAGCCCCAGCCCUGGCCCCCGUGUGCCUGUCCCGCUGCGCCCCGCACGCUCCCCGGACGGCCCUGCACCCGCCUUCCAGCCCUUCUUCUUUACUGGAACUUUCCCCUGCAGCAUGCAAGAACUUGUGCUUAAGGUGAGAGUCCAGAAUCUGAGAGACAAUGACUUCAUUGAAAUUGAACUGGACAGACAAGAACUGACCUAUCAAGAUCUGCUCAGAGUGAGCUGCUGUGAGCUGGGAGUUAAUCCAGAACAAGUAGAGAAGAUCAGAAAAUUACCUAAUACACUAGUAAGAAAGGACAAGGAUGUUGCCAGACUCCAGGACUUCCAGGAGCUGGAGCUGGUGCUUGUGCAAAGCAGCAGCUCUCCCUUCAGCCAGUCAGCGCUGGCGGAGCAGCCGUGCUACAACAGCAGAGCAGCCAAGCUGACCUACUGAGCCCUCUGCCUGCACCUGCAGCUGCCAACCUGGUACCAGGGAACCAAGUGUGUGUGUGUGAAACCUUAAGUUAUUGUUAGGGUUACUAUUUUAACUGAUAGUUUAUCUUUUAUAUUUAAUAGCCCUUCUGCUUUUAUUUUUUUACUGAUCCUAUAUUCAGGUAAGGGAUACCUCGUUUGUCUGCUAAAAUCACAUGCUUCCAAUAGAUUGCAGUGGAGUUCACUGCUUGUAUUUGGUAACAGAGGGCAGGGAAGACUUAAUUUUAUAUAUAUAUAUGUAUUUUAGACUUCCUGAUGAAUUUAAGUGUCAGAGGAUAUUUGCCAUAUGAUGAACAGUUACUGUCUGAAAAAUGUAGACCUUGCAAGCCCACGAUCUCUUGCCCCUUCACAGAGACUCACGAAGUUGUGUUGUCUCGCCUGCUAGGGACAGAAAUAUUUAAUGCUCUGAACUCACAAGAGAAACUUUCACUGGGCUAAAAAUAAGUGGAAUAAGUGUCCACAUUAAAUGUUUGUUCCCUUGCCAUAUGAGAACAGUGUCGUGUAAGCGAUGGCAUCCCUCCACCUCCACAAAAAAUACAGAAGCUUCUCAGUUCAGGAGCAUUUCAGUCACAAAGCAAGUUAAAAGUGCCCUUUGAAAAGAAAGCUCUUAGGUUUCAGGAGACAGGGAGGGGAUCACUGUCUCUAUUUGUGGUUUCAUUCCUGUGCAGUACUCACACCAAACACCAGUACUGUUAAAUCAGUAACUUCUUUCCAGCCUACCCUCAUGGAGCAAACACUGGGCACAGCGUCAGUUUCUACUGCCUGGGGAGGAGAAGCACACCAGAACGCUCUCGAGGUACAAGGCUGUAAGGAGGAGCACACCACCCACUUCAUCAGCCACACAAAACAGUAGCAAAUAACUAACCUGUAACUUUACAGUUUGCAGUCUACCAUCAGUUUUACUGAUGGCCAAAGUUUUAGCCAGCUGAGUACCAAAAGGGCUGAAAGCCUCCAGGUGCUUCCCACUGAGGCUAUUCUGGGGAAAAAAAACCAAACCCCAGACUGGUUAAGCUACAGACUAUUGAACUUGCAUUUAAGAAAGUCAUUUAUGAAAGCCUCUGUCUGUGGUUUUAUUAGCAGCAAAAGUCAUCAUUGAAACACAGGCUGAAGUUGCUCCCUUUCAGUCCCAGUGAAGUAUUUGUCAGCAUUGCUGGAGCAGUAAGAGCCUGAAGCUCUAUGUGGUUGUCUGCAAUGUUACACCUUUGGAGGCUUUUUUUGUUUUCUUUCCCACCCCCAAUGACAAGGAUGUUUGCAUCUGGGCCCUGGGGUGGGUGAAGGGUUGAGUUGUUUUUUCUAGACAUAAGCUGCCUUUUUUUCCCCCCCAAUAGCAUUGAUUUUCCUUCCCUCUCUGCUUUAUUAAGCUGCACUAGAGCAGAGCUUAUGCACAGCUCAUGCAGAGGUUGGUGCUGAGCUGGUAGGAGCAGCACAGCUGCUUUAUGCUCCAAGGAGUCCUGCAAGCAAGGUCAGUAAAAGCACAUGUGGCACAAGAAUAAACACUUUCUGCCAGCAGGAGAGACACACAACUCUGGGGCACCAUCAGGCAUUCAAAGUACCGAUCCUCCUUUCCCACUUGCUCCAUAAACAUCACUUAAACUCUGCUAACUCCCCGUUCUCAAUCCUGGCUCACAACUCCCAUAAGCUCAAGACUGUGACACAGUAUGAAGUAAACUUUCCUAACUCUGGCUCUGGCUUUAUUUUUCUUGUAGGAGAGGAAAGGAGUUUUUGUUUUAACAAGUCUCUGUUUAUCUCUUCAGCAUAGCUUGGAGGCUAGUUCAGAUUACGUGCAAUAACUGUUUGAAAAACAGGAGUAGCUAAUGGCUCAAAAUUAAGAGUAUCUGAUUUAUUUUCAGUUCCUCUGGUUAGGAAAGAAUGCCUCCACUCAUUACUGAGCAUCCUGCUAUAGGAGCAGCUGGUUAAAAAAAGCUUUAUUUGCUCUAGUUUCCACCAAGAAUAACUGUUAAUAAGACUAAGCUCUUACUUGUGACCCGACUGUAAUAAUAAGUCUAUGCAUUCAGAGAAAUAUUUUUGUAUCUUUUAUGCAGUUUGAUAAGCUCUAAGGCACACUAGUUAUGUCAUCUGGUUGUUGUUGGGCUGUUUUUUCCUUUGAACAAUAAACCAUUGGUAUGACAACUGAAACUAGGUUUACAAACUUAACUGUUCUUCCAAGGACAACUUUUGUUUGCACUACAAACUUGUACUGAACUGACAUUGCUACUCUUCACUUAUAUUAAAGUAUCAGUUGUUUCAAA